UGUUUGGUUCUCUCGCCCAGCUGUUCCGGCUUGCUGUCUCCGCGACUCCGCGUACCUGUCCCGAACCUUCGACUUUGAGGACAAACCGUAUUUCCCAAGAAGUUCUGCGUCCGAUGGUUCAUUGAGAUGAACGUCGUCGAUGAGGGGGUAUCCGGGUUGUUGUUUGCCGGUUUCAACCAGGACCAAGGUUGCUUCGCGUGCGGCAUGCGGAACGGCUUUAGGGUCUUCAAUUGCGACCCUUUGAAGGAAAAAGAGAGACAAGACUUUGACGACGGCGGCCUCGCUCACGUCGAGAUGCUCUUCAGAUGCAACUACGUGGCGCUGGUCGGUGGCGGCCUCCAACCAAAGUACCCUCCUAAUAGGGUGGUAAUUUGGGACGAUUUGAAAAAGGAGGCGGCCAUCUCCCUGGAUUUCAGUGCGCCCGUCAAAGGUGUCCGGCUCCGACGAGACCGUAUUGUUGUGGUCCUCGAAGGUGUCAUCAAAGUCUACACCUUCACCCAAAGUCCGCAGCAGGUCCACGUCUUUGAGACGAGUCCAAAUCCUCGUGGUCUCUGCGUUUUGUGCCCAAGUUCGAGCAACUCCAUUCUGGCUUUUCCUGGUCGGAAAACUGGCCACGUCCAAUUGGUUGACCUUGCCAACACAGACAGUCCGCCAAUGGACAUCUCGGCCCACGAGACGCCCCUCAGCUGCAUCGCGCUUAAUCUCCAAGGCACCAGACUAGCAACAGCCUCAGAAAAGGGAACCUUGAUCAGGGUUUUUGACACAGCAACAGGGACAAUGGUCAAUGAAUUGCGGAGAGGGGCCAACGCAGCAAAUAUUUAUUGUAUCAAUUUCAAUAAAGACUCGAGUCUCAUCUGUGUGGCAAGCGAUCAUGGCACCGUUCACAUUUUUGCAGUGGAAGAUCCAAAGCAGAAUAAACAUUCUAGUUUGGCGUCAGCAACAUUCUUGCCAAAGUACUUCAGCUCGAGCUGGAGUUUCUGCAAAUUCCAGGUGCCAAACAGCACUCAGUGCAUGUGCGCCUUUGGCUCGGAGGCCAACUCAGUAAUAGUGGUCUGCGCCGAUGGUAGCUACUACAAAUUCACAUUCAACAGCAAGGGCGAGUGCUCUCGGAACGUCUCUGCUCAGUUUCUUGAGUGACCCAACAUGCGGAGCGUGCGCUCCUUAUAGUCGGCCAAGGUUUCCUGGUCUUCACCUGCAAAACCAUGACUGAAUGUGAAUAACUGAAAAGAUCCACCAGGAUAAUUUUUAUGAAUCAAAUUUUAUGAUGAUCAGGCUAACUGGUUUAAAUAAUUGAAUCACUUUGUCGUAGACACGAUCUUCAAAGUUUUUUUCUUUUCUUAUAUUGCUCUGAAUUCUAGGAAGCAAAAGUUGUGAUUGGACUGUUGAAACUGACUUGAACUAUUAAGCUCCCUAAAUUUAUUUUUUUAAUUUAGUGCAAACCUUUCUCAAAAGUACCUUUUGUUGUCUCAUGUGAAUUUAUAUUUUCAAGUUGGAAUAAGUUAAUUAUCAGCUGUUAGUGUAUAUUUGUAUACUCAUUGGAUGUGAGCAGAUUAAAGACUUCAAAUCUGUUAACUCUCAAAUUCA